AUGGAGUGCCCCAUCUGCCUGGAGGUGCAGGACGGGCCGCAGCACCAGUGCCGGGAGGGCCACGUCUACUGCGCCUCCUGCGACUCCAACCUGCGCGCCCCGCGCCGCUGCCCCGAGUGCCGCAUGGCUCUCGGACCACUGAACCAGGCGAUUCGAUGCCGAAGCCACGAGGAGCGGAUCGCGGCGCUGCCGGCGGCAUGUUCGCACUGCGGGCUGGCGACGACGCGCGGCGAAGUCGCCGCACACGAGCAAGACUGCCCGCAGCGGCCGCGAGCGUGUGCCGCGGCGGAGGCUGGUUGCGCGUGGUCAGGGCUGCUGGCAGACAAGGCGGCGCACGAGGCGACGUGCCCCUUCGCCGUGUGCCAGCGCAUGAUGGCGCCGCUG